AUGCCGUUCAGAUACAACAAGGUCCUCGUCAUUGGCGCGACCAGUGGGAUUGGAUUGGCGUUGGCGAAGAAGUUUGUCGCGGAAGGCAGUUCGGUGGUCGCGACUGGCAGGCGUAAGGAGAAUCUAGACGAUCUGGCAAAGCAGCAUGAAGGCAAUGUCGACACCGUGGUAUUUGACAUCACGGACCUGAAGGGUAUCCCGAAAUUUGUCGAGGUCUUCAGCAAGCAUCCAGAUGUGGAUUGCGUCCUCCUGAAUGACGGGAUCCAGAGACACCUACAAUGGCAGAACCCGGAAGGUGUCGACCUUGACCUGCUGGAGACAGAAUUCACUACCAACUACCUGUCCUAUAUGCACUUGACAAAAGCGCUUCUUCCACAGCUGCAGAAGCAGGCUCCCAAGGAAACAGCUCUGGUGUAUGUGACAAGUGGUCUGGCUCUUGUUCCGAUCAUGAGUUGCCCCAACUACUGCGCGAGCAAAGCCGCACUCCAUCAUAUGGUAUUGGCGAUGAGGGUGCAGCUGAAAGAGAUCAACUCGAAUGUCAAAGUCAUCGAGCUCCUGCCUCCCGCGGUCCAGACGGAGGUUCACGAUGACAAGCACCAGCCAGAGUUCAAGGGUCGUGGUCGCCAGUUGGGCAUGCCGCUCGAUCAGUUCACAGAGGAAGCGUACGCUGGCCUCAAUUCCGAUGAUAACGAGCAAGUCCCAGUGCAGGCGGUGAAGAAGUUUUUUGGCUUUUAUGAUUGGGAGAUGGAGAGGCAGAAGAAGAUGAUGGGGGUGUAUGAAAUGCAGAAGAAGCAGGCGCAGUGA